AUGGAAUCUACUGUUUCGCAGGCUAAAGACGGUCAUUAUGAGUUAGGUUUAUUGUGGAGAGAUACUAAUUGUUCAUUGCCUCCUAAUAGAUCAUUAGCAGAAUGCAGAUUAGCAAGUUUAAAACGCAAGUUAGAGAAAAGUGAUGACUUACGCCAACAAUAUACAGAGACUAUGGAAGGUUACAUUGAGAAAGGGUAUGCCGAGCCAGUACUCAGUGAAGGGCGCCCUGGACGAACCUGGCACCUCCCGCACCACCCAGUAAUCCAUCCACAGAAGGGUAAAUUGAGGGUAGUUUUCGAUUGUGCGGCCAAAUGGCAAGGUAUGUCCUUAAAUGACCAUCUCAUGAAAGGCCCAGAUACUAUUAAUAGCCUGGUUGGGGUCUUGCUUCGCUUUAGGCAAGAAAGGGUGGCUUUGGUAGCCGAUGUGGAAGGAAUGUUCCAUCAAGCUAGAGUCAUACCAGAGGACAGGGACGUCCUUAGAUUUUUGUGGUGGCCAGGUGGCAAUUUAGAUAGUUCCCCUAGAGAAUAUCGGAUGGCGGUCCACUUAUUUGGAGCCACGUCAAGUCCUGCAUGCGCAGGUUAUGCUUUGCGACGCGCAGCUACCGAUAGUGUUAGUAAAAAUAAUGACUUCAUUGGAAAGAAAGUUGUCCAAGCAAUUAACGAUGAUUUCUAUGUUGAUGAUCUGUUGACGUCAACGAAUAACGAAAAUAUGGCGGUAGACAUGGUAGAUCGUCUUAGGCAAACUUUGAAGGAUGGUGGGUUUAGACUCAUUAAAUGGGUUAGUAAUAGUCGUAAGGUGUUGAACAGUCUUCCUGUUUCAGAGAGAGCUCCUACAGUGGCGAACAUUGAAGAAUUACCUACAGAAAGAACUUUAGGGGUUAGCUGGGAUGCAGAAGCAGACUCAUUCAGAUUCAAAGUAUCUCUUCAAGAAAAACCCUUCACGAGGCGUAGUCUGCUCUCUACAGCAAGCCAGGUAUUCGAUCCCUUAGGAUUUAGCUCACCAUUUAUACUGAUAGCUCGUUCUCUUCUGCAGUCUGUUUGUAGAAAAGGUUCAAAUUGGGAUGAACCCUUGUCCAAUGAUGAAUUAACAAAAUGGAAAGAAUGGCUUGACCAAGUAUCUAAACUGUCAAACGUACAAAUCCCUAGAUGGAUUAGAUUAGAUGAAUCCAAAUCUUUCCAGUUACAUGUGUUUUGCGAUGCCUCGCAAGUAGGCUAUGCUGCAGUAGCUUAUCUAAGAGUGGUUGACAACAAUGAUGUUGUAAAAUGCUUGUUUGUGUUUGGCAAAACACGGGUAAGCCCCAUGAAAGCGAUGUCUAUACCCCGACUCGAAUUAAUGGCUGCUGUUUUAGGCACAUCUAUUUGCGAUACUAUAACUUCAGAGCUACGGUUUGACCUUGGUGAAUGUACGUACUGGACAGAUUCAAUGAUUGUUCUUGCCUAUAUUCGUAAUGAGUCUCGGAGGUUUAAAACAUUUGUUGCUAACAGGGUCUCAAGGAUCCAUAGUGUAUCUGCUCCACAUCAGUGGAGACAUGUUGGUACUAACCAAAACCCUGCAGAUGAUGGGUCUCGAGGCACAUCGAAUCUGGAGAGAUGGCUUUCCGGUCCAGUUUUUUUGCUGAAAGAUUCUAGUGAGUGGCCCAAAACUUGCGAAGGUAUUGACUUACCUUCAGAUCCAGAAGUAAAAAGAUCUAUGAAGAACUUCCACGCUCGCAUUACCCCUUCAGCUGAUAUUCUAACUCCUCUCAUAGAGAGAUACUCUUCACUUUCCAAACUUGUCAGAGUAUUUGCUUGGGUUCGACGUUUUGUCAACAAUUGCAAACGAGUAAAUCCGUCUACUGUCGGAGGUUUAUCUGUUGAUGAACUUAGUACUAGUGAAGCAAUAUUGGUUUCAUUUUCUCAGAAAUGUGAAUUCAAAUCAUGGCAGACUGAUCAGAGGUUAGUUAAAUUAAAACCUGUCUUAAUCUGUGAACUCAUUAGAGUAGGUGGUCGCCUCAGUAAUUCAGACUUGGAUUUUGAUGCUAAGCAUCCAAUUAUUUUGUCACCCAAAGGACCUCUUACCGAUCUUAUAGUUAGACAUUACCAUAAUCUAGUAGGACAUGGAGGACUAUCCUCCACUCUUAAUGCGAUUCACCAAAAAUAUUGGUUAGUGAAUGGACGAUCAGCGGUAAAAGGCAGAUUGAGUAGAUGUGUAGUUUGUCGAAAAAUACUGGCAAGGCCUGCUGUGCAGGAAAUGGCUACCCUCCCUAUGGAAAGGGUAUCGACUGACAAACCUCCAUUUAGUUAUGUUGGCAUAGAUUAUUUUGGCCCUAUUGAAGUGAAAAGUAGACGAUCCCUUGUUAAAAGAUACGGAUGUAUCUUUACCUGUUUAGCUUCCAGAGCUGUUCAUUUGGAAGUCUCUGCAACUUUAAACACAGAUUCUUUUAUUAAUGCUUAUAGACGCUUUGUGGCUAGGAGAGGUCAGCCCAUCAAGGUCUUCAGUGAUAACGGAACAAAUUUCCAAGCAGCUGAUAAGGAACUUCGUUUAGCCCUUCAAUCUAUGGAUAAGAGUAAAGUAGAGUCUUUCUUUCAUAAUAAAGGUUGUGAAUGGCAUUUCAACCCGCCAUCUGCGAGUCACUACGGAGGAGCAUGGGAAAGACUCAUCAGAUCUGUUAGAAGAAUACUUAGUGGAAUCCUUCAACAACAAACUGUUAACGAAGAAGUAUUAACCACUGUGUUAGCCGAAGUUGAGUCCAUUUUAAACUCUCGCCCCUUAACUGACAUCUCGUAUGACCCUAAGGAUGGAGAUCCUAUCACUCCCAACCAUCUACUUGAGAGAGGGUCCCAGUUCUCCGGUUAG